UGUGUAACCCAGGUUAUAAAAGUCUGAAUUAUUUAAAAAGUACAUUUUAUUAUUAAAAAGGGCACAUAAUUAAUAUAUAGUCUAUUACAAUUAAGAAUAGCUAAUUCUUAAUAAAAACACAAUAAAUAAAAUAAGUCAAUUAAAUAAGGAGCUGGGAAAAUAAUGUAAAUAAAUACAGACACAAAUAUUAGAGGAAAAUAAACUUUAUUUAAUCCAUAAAUAAUUAUUUUUCAUAUUUUUGGGAAUACUUUGUUGUUUUAGUAGCACGUCACCUAUUGCAGCCAAUAGGGUGAUCGUAUUACGCUGACAUGAGUGGGAAAUACUGUUGACCCUGACCCAGCACUUCCUUUUGGGUCAAGCAGCCGUCAGGAGCAGGUGAAUGCUGGAAGAAAGUUAACAGAAAGCUAGAUACAAGCCAAACUUAGGUGAUAGAAACCUUAUUAUUAUCAGUAAUAACUCUCAUCUACUCUAAAACGCUGAGCUGGUGGAGCCAAGACGCAGUUUGUGGUGAAUGAGGAGCUUAUUAGCCUGAUACACAGAGGUUUUUCUGCAUCGGUCAGGUUUUUUGACUAGAGUUCGAAUUGGAUUCCCUCGUUCCUACGUUUGAUGGCGAGCCUCCCUGGACUUCGACCCUGAAAGCUGUUUGCAAGUACUGUGGACAACUCUGAUCUGUGAAACCCCCUUUUUUUUCCCUUAUUGCUGAACCUUUAUUCAUCUUCAGAGCGGUAGGAGAAAUACUCACCAUGCCAUAGACUGGACUCUGUGCACAUACCCACACUUCAAACUCCAACUCCCACCUGUGAAAAAAAAAGAACUUUAUAUUGUUGUGGUUUUGAUAUAUGUAUAUUGUGUUAUUAUUUUAAUUGAACUUAAUUCUUGAAUUUACAGAAUCUAACUAAUAUUCUUGUUAUUUUAUUUUGGUAUUCUGGUGAAAAAGGGAUAUUCUGAUAUUGAUACUGAGGUUGAUAUUGAUAUUUUGCAUAUAUAUAAAUAUAUUAUUAUUAUAGAUUUUCCUACCCGGGUAGUAGUAAUAUAAAUAGUAUCACAUACAACAUCAGGGAAAGAUAAUAUUGGUAUUAUUCAUAUUGAAUAUUCUAUAUCUUUUUGUUUUUUAUUUUCUUUUAUUAUAAUAGUAUUAUAAUAGUAUUCAUACUUACCUUUUCAAUAAAUGGAGGCUUCCACUAAGCUCCAAAUUCCAGAGACGUGGUGCAGUGUUGUUUCUCACGUGGUGUUGUCCUGGGCUCCGUAGACGAUCCUGGUAUCUUCUGACCGGCCUAUAGCUAUCCUUUCUAUUGCUCAGUAUAUUAGUGCUUGAUAUUAAAAUAUUGAAAACUAGUUAACACAUUACUACUCUGUAGUAAUCGUUACAAAAAAAAACUUGGCGAGCCAGCCAGGAGCCUAUCUCCAUUAAACACACACUAAAGAACCACACUGCACAACUGUCUAAUCAAGCUAAGUUGAUUCACACCCUAAAAAUGGAGUUCAUUGAACGUAAUGGUGUAAAAGUUCCUAAUUCUGUGGUUGUUAGUGGAUUAACUGGGUCAGACUGUGAUGAAGAGAUGUUUACAUUCUUGAGAGAAAAUGGUGCCAUAAAUAGGACACUAAAAGUAGAUGACACUAGUUCUGAAUUACAUUCACAAGUAAUUGUAGAAUACAGUUCUGGUUCUGCUUUGCAGACAUUACAACCCCUUCUACCCUACCGUUGUACGCUGGCCAACGAUUCAAAUACUGUAUGCUGCGUAAGAGCAUUAGCGGACGUUUACUGUCAGGGGGCGGGUAGUAAGAUCACUCACACUUAUGUAGGUGAGCUACAGAGAGUAGCUAAACUAAGUGGGAGGGAUUUAGAAGCAGUCCUGAAAGAAGCCCUGGAUCACAUUGGUGAAAUCAUUGACUCAUCUGAGCCUGUUGAACAGAAAAGUCCUGCAGCAAGCCCCGACCAAACGUCAGAGCUAAACCUGUCUGCAUCUCAAUCCCAAGCCCUAUUUGGUGCUCACCUGAAACCUACCUCUGAUGACAGCAGGAGCCAUCAUUCUGCAAAUUCCUUGUCGCCUCCUAAGCACAGAUCAGUUCCACUGCUUGAUUCUAUGACACUCAAUCCACCUGAAGUGCAGAAAGUAAUAGUGGAGCACAUCGUGAGAAGUGAAGAUAAAUCUCCCUUCGCUGGUUCAUCUGUGAGAUUGAGAAUCUUUUCUGGCAAAGUUCCAAAGCCAUACAGCGAGGUCGACUACGACACAUGGCGUUCUCAGGUCGGGCUGAUGCUCAGCGAUCCAUCAGUCCAUGAUAGAGAAGUAACACGCAGGAUUCUUGAAAGUCUUCUGUCCCCUGCUGCUGACAUAAUCAAGCACAUCAGUCCAGAGUCUGCAGCCACAAUAUACUUGCAGCUAUUAGAUUCAGCCUAUGGUAUUGUAGAGGAUGGAGAAGAAUUGUUUGCACAGUUCAUGAGUACUCUUCAAGAUGCAGGAGAAAAGCCUUCAGCAUACCUGCAACGUCUUCAGUCUGCACUGAGUCAAGCUGAAAGAGCAGGUGGUGUUUUGGCUCGUGACAUGAACCAGCAUCUCCUCAAGCAGUUUUGUAGGGGCUGCUGGAAUGAUAGUUUACUGGCAGACCUGCAGUUAGAACACAAGAUAAAACACCCCCCUCCAUUCGCUGAGUUGCUGCUGUUACUGCGCACAGCGGAAAACAAGCAUGAAGCUAAAGUUGCAAGAAGGAAACAGCACUUAAGCGUAGCUAAACAGAAAACUUCAGUGCACACACACACUAUGUGCAACCGUAGUGUAGUCAGUAGUGUAGUUCCAGUUGAGCCAGUUUCCACUGAAAUGAGUGAACUGAGGAAAGAACUAGCUCAAAUUAAAAGCCAACUAACCUCCAUUCUGAAACUGAAAAGUGAAAGAAAAACCUGUGUGAAGCCUGAAUCUUCAUCAGAACCACUGAGACAACCUAGACCUACAAAACCUGACCAUGCACAGAAGAAAGAGAGAAAGACUUUGGCUAAGAAAAACACCAGUGAAAAGCCCAAGCCCUGGUAUUGUUUUCGCUGUGGAGAAGAUGGACACAUUGUGGCUAAUUGUGAGGCUGAAGCUAACCCUGCUCUAGUCGCUGCCAAGAGAAGAGAGUUAAGAGAGAAACAAAGAGCAUGGGAAGAUGAACAAAACCCUUUAAACUGAAGCCAGUUUCUGUCAUGGGACAGCCAGGAACUGAAGAUCAUUCUCGUCCCACCACCAAGAAAGCUAAAAAACCACAUACUCAGCGAGCUUCACUAAAAUGUGCACAAACAAGACAACCCUGUUUUAUACCUAAAGGAUUGAUAGGAACCAAAUGCACAGCUCAAGUGAAAAUUGGAAAAAUUCAGACAAACUGUCUACUUGAUACUGGUUCCCAGGUAACCACAAUCUCCCAAUCAUUCUUCGACCAACAACUACCAGCACACCCGAUGAACUCACUUGGUGACCUGUUGGAAGUGGAAGGAGCUAAUGGACAGACGGUGCCUUACCUGGGGUAUGUAGACCUGAGUAUCACUUUUCCUGAAGAAUUUGCUGGAGCAGAGGUGGAAGUACCAACACUAGCCUUGGUUGUUCCAGACCUAAAUUCUGACACUCAACCCCAAGUCCUCAUUGGCACAAACACUUUGGAUGUCUUGUAUAUGACCAUCAAUGAACAGAAUGUGAGAGAGUACAAUUCCAGUUCGUACGGUUAUAAAGCCGUAUUGAAAAUACUCAAAGCAAGACUUGAACAACAACAAAACCUCACUCAUGGG